CAAAAUGUCCAAUAGAAAGAGAAUAUUAAAACAAGGGGUGGUGAUAUUAUCGGCUCUAGCUGUAGCCUUUCUAGGUGUAAUACUAUACACACCCCUUCCUGAUGGUAUGGAACAACCAUGGAACCUUCGACUAUAUUACGCUAAAUCCAAAUUGGCUAUAAUAACAGGUGAAUUAUGUGGUUUAUUUGGAUAUCGAAGUAUACAUAUAUCGCGGUACUUAUUAGAUAGUAUUUUAUUGACUCAUGGAACAUCUAUUAAUAAUCCAUAUUUAGACGUUAAAAACGUAACAUUAGAUGGAAUUCCAGCCAGAAUCUAUAAACCUAAAGAUAAACACGAUUAUCUCCCUUGCUUUAUUUUUAUACAUGGUGGUGGAUUUGUAUACAGUAUAGAUUCCUAUGACGGAGUAGCUGCAAAAAUAGCACAAGAUACAAAUAUGACAGUUAUUGCUGUCGAAUAUCGACUUAUACCAGAGUUUCCUUAUCCUGCAGCCUUAAAUGACGUUUAUAGAGCUACUCGUUUUAUUUUACAGAACGCAAUAUCAUUAGGAAUAGAUCCAUUAAAAGUUUCCAUUGGAGGAGAUAGUGCUGGUGGUAAUACAGCUGCUGCAGUAGCUUUAAAACUGAGAGAUGAUAACAUACAACCUAAACUACUAGGACAAGUAUUAAUCUACCCUGUUUUACAGGCCUGUGAUUUAUAUACACCCAGUAAUCUAUUGGGUACACGGUAUCUAUUUGAUGGAAGAGCUUUCGCUGCUGAAAUGGCCGUCAUGGCUUUAGGUAUACCUGAUCGGUUUCGAGACUUUAUAGCAAAGGGAAACUACUCUUCACCAGAACUGACUAAAAAAUGUAAACGAUUUGUAAAUUACAACUAUUUACCUCACCAACUUAUUCCUCAUGGAUAUAAAAGGACUGACAUAACAUCAGAUCCAGCUCAUGAAGACGCCAAAUAUUUAGAAGAGAAAUAUUCCGAUCCAUAUUUUGUACCCCUCAUGUCUGAAAUUCUCUCUAAUUUACCACAGACCUUAGUUGUGACAACUCAGUUAGACCAUCUUCGCGAUGAUGGUAUUAUCUACCAUAAACGUUUAUUGAAAGCAGGCGUGAAAAGUGACUGGCGCCAUCUACCGGACAGUUUUCAUGGUGUUUUAACUAUGAUAGGUGAUGGUGGUUUUGAUGCUGGUUUAACUAUGAUCGAUCAUAUUACAACAUUUUUAAAACAAAUAUCUUUUGAAUCUUGAAUAAAAUAUAGUUUUACAGUU